UAUCAGCAGCAGAGUGACAUACGGUGGCCCGUGAGGCCAAACUGAUUAUUGUCAGCGCCUGGGAGUGAUAUGGACUCGUCCUGCCCUUCCACAUCUUGAACAGUGGGAGUCAUGAACCGCUGCAAGGUGACGCGUCCUUUGAUUUCAAGCUCAACUUCAGCGCAGACAUGCCGACAUUAUUAAUCACGCCACGCGCCUCGCUUUGAACAACAGGCAGCGGCUCUUCUUCUCGCUUCAAACCACAGGAUCGGGACCAUCUUUGCGCAGUGAGAAGUCGGAAGCCGAGCGAGCAGCGGCGGGGAAUGUGGACCGGACCCGCGGCGGUCCCGGACACCAUCGGCCUCUUCUGAGCCCAGACAGCCGCCGAAUGGGGAAGGUGUGUGCGUGGUCAGCGAGGCGCCCUGUAGAGCAACAUGGCACUAUGUCAGCUGAGCGUCUAGGUGACAUGAGUGUAGCCUGUGAGCAAUGUGAGCUCCACUAAGAGGCGCUGCAGCUCUCCUCACCAAGCGUCCACCUCGGCCACUCAGAUGCACAUGGACAGUAAAGUGGCCAACAAUGGCAAGCAGGUCAGCAGCGACAGCCGGUCCCAAAUGCCAGGCGUGCAGCAGCAGGGAGGUACGAAGGGAGGCCUUCCCUCCAUCCAUGGAGCCAAGUCCAACCAGGGUUCCCUCGGCAACCCGGGCGCAAAGGCCUCAGGCCAGUCGGCGAGCGGAGGGAUGGGGAAAACCAAAUCCAAGCGGGAGCGGGGGGUCUCCAUCGACUCUGGCGAAUCCAGAAGUAGCGCUCCGAAUCCGGCGCUGGAGCCGGACGCCAAAGGGGAGGGUGUUAUGCGCAGCAAACGUCGCUGUGUUCUGACCAAGAAGCAGCCCUACAGUGGAGAUGAAUGGUGUUCUGGACCAGACACGGAUGAAGAAGACAAGCUGCACACUAGCUCCCAACGUCCUCUCCAGGGACACUCUGAUCGCCUUCCUCCGGUACGCAUGUCUGAUUCAGGGGCUGCGGUUAUGGGAUCGGGUCAAGGGCUCAAAGCAGAGUUGCUGCAGCCUUCACAGCAGGUGGUCUAUGUUUUCACAACCAGCCUCGCCAACAGCGCUGCUGAAGCAGUGAUAAAAGGACAGAGUGAAUCCAUCCUCCUGUUUCACCAGCAAAACGUUCCAAACUCCAAGUUGGAGCAGGGCUACCCACAAGGAAAGCUUUCUAAUCUCCCUGAGAAGGUUAACUCCAGCUGCUCUCCACUAACUGGAACGCCUAAAUCCCAAAGUGGAACUCCCCGACCAGCCUCUGCUGGAGUCGGGGGCCCAUUGCCUCCAGCGGGAACGCCGUCAUCGGCUGGACACUCUGACAGCGAAUCAAGUCAGACCAGACCUACCUUGGCUCCGGGUAACAGCAGCGGCCCCCAAAGAACAGAUGGAGGACUCAAAUCCAUGCCUGCAGGCUCAGAUCCUGGUAGUGGAGAUGCUGCGGGAACUAUGACUCUUCCAAGCGCUGCUGUUUCCCCAUCUGGAAGUUCCAGCAUCCUGUCUGCUCAUCUACAGAGUGAUGCAGUCCAGAGGAGUGGUGGUGGGAGCAUAGAUUGUCUAUCCAAAGAACAGCUCGAACACAGAGAGCGCUCUUUACAGACUCUGAGGGACAUAGAGAGACUGUUUCUGCGCACUGGAGGUCCAGCAGGCUUAAGCAGCGGAUCUAAUAACCCAUCCAUCUUAAACAAUAGUAGUGAGAGGAGUGGUACUGAGGACACUGAGAUUGGUACGAACACCACUGGGAGCUGUGGUGGUGGUAGCAUGUUGCCCUCAGCUGCUCUGGGAGCGAUGAAAAAGUAUGAAGAACCCCUCCAGUCCAUGAUCUCCCAAACACAGUCUCUUGGUGGACCUGUUCUGGACAGUCCUCAUAUAGACUCCCACCAUAGCCUCCCACCACACCCACAACACCAGAUGCACUCACCUGGAGACACCAUGGGCCCCUUAAUCGGACCGGAUGGCCUCACACGGGAACAAAUGGCUUGGAGAAAGCUUAAAGAAGAAUACUAUCAAGAAAAGAGACGGCAGCAGGAAAUCGAGCACCCUGGCCCCCCCCAGCACUUUAGAAUGAUUCCUGAGGUGGGCAUGCAUGGAGGCCCAAUGAUGAUGAGAGGCCCCCCACCUCCUUACCACAGUAAGCUGGGAGACCAGCAAUGGGGUCCUGGUAAUAUGAUGAGGAGGGGAAUUGGUGGGAAUGGAAAAGUGUUUGAACUUCACCCAGAAGGCCCACGUGGCCCCCGGUUUCUUGGGCAGAUCCAAAGAGGGCAGCCUGGUGGAGGGGGCUUCCCUGGAUCAACUGAGGGUCUAGGACCUCAGAGGCCCGUACGUCCUGGGAUGAUAUGGUUGGAGGACAUGCCAAACAACAUCAGUGGUGGUGGACCCUUUCAUGGCUGUUACCCUGGUGGAGCUUCCCAACAGUUUCAAGAGGAUUCUGAGCUGUUAACUCGUGAGGAGAUGUUUAGAAUAAUGGAAAAACGACAGAUGCAGGCAGUUUCCAGGUUUGAACUUGACAGAUUAGCUAAACAGCAGCAACAGGCGAAUAUGGGUACAAGAAUGAUGGACGGUUUUGGCAGCCCAGACUUUCCCAAUUUAGUAAUGGGGCGAGGUCCCCCCGCUGGUCGCGUGGAUCCCAUGGACUUUCCUGGCUCAAGGGAAAUUAUGGGCUCUCCUGGAUCAUGUCAUCCAAUGAGGGACCUAGUUGAUCCUCCUUUAGGGAGCAAUAUCCCAAUGAGCAUGAACCAACAGAUGAAUCUCCAGCAACAGCAGCAAAUGAUGAUGUCACAGAGGCUCAGAGGAGGCCAAGGAGGAGGAGGGCCGUUGGGUGACAUGUUUGGGCCUGGUGAAAUCAAUGCUCCACAAAGUGGAAGAGGUGGGAAUAAGGGAAUGAUGCCAGGGCCUGAUGGCCCCUUCCAGUUUCCUGCUCAAGGUCCAUUCUCUGAAGGACAGAUGGAUGGGCCUUUUCUUCAGCAACCUGGCCCCGAGAUGUUCGGACCCGAGCAACCUGGACCCAAUCAACUUGGAGCUAUGUCUCGCCUUAGCCAUAUGCCUCAGCCCGAAGGCCUUAGGGGAGCUGACCUCGCUUCAAGAAAUGCCCCAGAAAUGUCGGUCAUCGUUAACCCCCUUACUUCUCCAUCAGUGCCUCCUCCUCACCAACUGAAGUCCCCAUCCAUCAAUCAAGAGCCAUCUCCUCUUUUGCCUUCUCCAUCUGCUCCGGGACUGACGUCCCCCCUGCCCUCCACUGGGCACCACCCAACUUUUCCUCCAGCGUCUGGAGCAGGAACUCCUUGCUCUUCUUCCUUGAAGUCUCCUCAAAUAAUGGGGUCUUCCAACCUUGGGUUGCACUCUCCAUCCGCAUCUCCAGGACAGCUCAAGUCCCCUGCCAUGGCUGUGAGUUCUCCAGGUUGGUCAUCACCUAAAGCAGCUCUUCCAAGUCCGGGUGGUCCAAACAGUGGGAAGCCUGUCGGUAAUGGAGGAAGUAGCUCCACGGAAACAGGCCAGCCUCACCCACCAAGAAGUUCCAGUUCAACCCCCCUUAGCCAACCAACCUCUGUAAAUGCCACUAUACCCUUUACUUCCUCCCCAGGAGCACCACCGUCUCAGAAUCCUUUGUCUCUCAUCAUGUCUCAGAUGUCCAAGUAUGCCGUUCCCAGUUCUACCCCGCUGUACCACGAUGCAAUCAAAACUAUCGCCACUUCUGAUGACGAGAUGAUGCCAGAUCGACCUCUUCUAUCUGGUGUCACUAUUGGAGGAAACAUGGGAAAUGCUCAGAUUUCACAAAUACUUAACUGUCAAGGCUCAAUCGGGCCCCAGAAUGAGCCUCAGAGCCCGAUGGGACUGGUCGGCCAAACUCAGCAGCACUUGUCCCAUGAUGCCUCAGGGCCGGACCUGGGCAUGCCAGCCAUGAGUUCUGUUAUUAUGGGAAGAAGAGCACCUGAUGUGAUGGGCCCUAGCAGUGGCUCACCGCUCUCGGCAGGCUUCCCUCGCAUGCAGCCUCCAUCACACGGGCCCAUGCAUUCUCCAGUUGGAGGAAUGCCACAGAACUUCCCCCAGUCCAACGAAGAUAUUCUGCCACAUCAGCAAUUACAGAUGCUUAACAAAGGCCAUCAUCACCAACGCACGCCUCACCCCUCUGACUCCUUCCUUUCUCUCCCCUUGGGCGACGGUCCGGAUUUAAGCGAGGUGAUACGACCCACUCACACUGGAAUCCCAGAGUUUGAUCUGUCCCGCAUCAUUCCGUCUGACAAGCCCAGCAGCACUCUGCAGUACUUCCCUAAGAGCGAGCCGCAUCAGAACGCUCAUCACGGCCCCCCUUCCCAACAGCAUACUCCACAGCAGCUCCUCAAACAGCUGUCCUCCUCCGGCCCCCCACACAGCAGCGGACCCUCAUGCAACCCACAUUUAGCCAGCCUGCAGAGCAUGGCCGAACAACGGCUUUCCCCUCACCCAUCGCAUGGAGGAAUCCGACAGAUUCUAGGCGGUCCUCAGGGCGGCUCAAGGGCUAUGAUGUCUGGUAGCAUUGCCCCCGUGUGUCCUCCUGGACAUAUGAUGGGUAGGACAGGGAUGAUGCCACAGCAGCAACAGCAAGCCAUGAUGGCCAAUAACCUUCACCACCAUCCGUCUGGCCCAUACCCGGGCAUGAUGGCGCCGCCACAGCAGCACUCGCACAAUUUAAUGACGCAGCAGAACAUUAUGAUGAUGCAGGCUAAGCAAAGAAGCAUGUCGAUCCCUGGUGAACCGUUUGGACACCAGGGACAUAUGGUAGGGCCUCCACAGGCUCAGGCUGGCAUGAUGGGCCAGCAGUCUCUCAGACAGCGGGGAAUGUCUCUGGACAGUCCGAUCGGCUACGGCUCUGGCGGUAUGGCCAACAUGCCUUUCUGACCCAGCUUCAACUUUACAUAAAUUUCUCAAAAUGUCCAAUUUUCUGUUUACUCCUAUUCCUGUAUAUUUUUGAGUGAUGAUCUCUAUGGUUUUGGGUUGAAGCUGAUUUAAAAAAAACAAAAAAACAAAACCAAAAAAAAAAAAAAAAAAACAGAAAAAAAAGGCAAAUUUAAAAGCACUGUAACACUGUUCCAUAAAUUUGAAGCCAUUUUCUAAAGAAUACUGUAAAUUGUGUAAAUUUCAACAAAAUCUGUGUAUUUGCUUGGUGACGGUCAGAGGAGUGCCUCAAAUUUCUAUUUGUUUUAAUAUCAUUGAUUUAUUUUUUUUCUCCAAUUAAAAAAAC